AUUGGUACCCAUCUUGUGUUCUGAGUGUUAGUCUGUGAAAGUCAAAACUUGUCUCUCCCCUCUUUACUUGUGUAAUUAAACCUCUUAAGACUCGGAAGAGAAAUCGUGUCUCUGUUUUGUUUCUCAUUUUUAAACCUUAUCAUAGCGUUUGCGCUACUUAUUCGAUUUUCUGUCGGGAACGAGACAUGAGGGAUUUGAAUUCGGAUCUAUUCGACCCGGUUAUGGCGUUGGAAUCCGAGUGGUCUCGUGGCGUUUCCGCUUCCGACGCCGAUUUCGCCUUCGCUUUUAAUGACAGCAAUUUUUCCGACAGGGUUCUGCGAAUCGAGAUCAUCGCCGACCCCGUCGAUGCCCGACCCGAUUCCGAUGGUUGCACCACCAUCGCCGACUGGGCUCGCCACCGCAAGAGGAGACGCGAGGAUAUUAAGAAGGAAAACGUUGCGGAUCUUGCUUCAGUGCCAGACGAGCAAAUUUUGAACGGGAAUCAACCGGAUAUGGAUGAUUGUGUGGCCAGUGAUAAUCAAGAUGAAGAGGUUGUUGCAAUGGUGGAAGAAUUCCCUUCAGGUGAUGAAGCUGCAAAUAGCAAUGAUUCAAACUGGAGCAUGGACUGCUCUGCAGCUGCAGUUGUUAGAGUUAAAACGCUACAUAUUAGUUCUCCUAUCUUGGCUGCUAAAAGUCCUUUCUUCUAUAAGCUUUUCUCAAAUGGGAUGAGGGAGUCAGAGCAGAGACAUGUUACCCUCAGAAUUAAUGCAUCUGAAGAAGCUGCUCUCAUGGAGCUACUGAAUUUUAUGUAUAGUAAUACCUUGAGCACUACUACAGCACCUGCUUUACUGGAUGUGCUGAUGGCUGCUGAUAAAUUUGAAGUUGCUUCAUGCAUGAGAUACUGUAGCCGGUUAUUGCGGAAUAUGCCUAUGACACCUGACUCUGCUUUGCUUUACCUGGAGCUUCCUUCUAGUGUCUUAAUGGCUGAAGCAGUCCAACCAUUAACUGAUGCUGCAAAGCAGUAUCUUGCUGGUCGAUACAAGGAUAUAACCAAGUUCCAAGAAGAGGUUAUGGCCUUACCCCUUGCUGGAGUAGAGGCAAUAUUGUGUAGUGAUGAUCUCCAGGUUGCAUCAGAAGAUGCUGUAUAUGAUUUUGUGUUGAAGUGGGCUCGCCAACAGUACCCUAAACUGGAAGAAAGACGAGAAGUGCUGGGUGGACGGCUUGUUCGUUUAAUUCGCUUCCCUUACAUGACCUGCCGAAAGCUUAAGAAGGUCUUAACCUGUACUGACUUUGACCAUGAAGUUGCUUCCAAGUUUGUACUUGAGGGCCUAUUUUUCAAGGCUGAGGCUCCACAUCGCCAACGGUCACUGGCAGCAGAUGAGCCUACUGCCUCAAACCGUCGUUUUGUGGAGAGGGCAUACAAGUAUCGCCCCGUUAAGGUUGUAGAAUUUGAACUUCCCCGGCAGCAAUGUGUGGUGUACUUGGAUCUGAGGCGGGAGGAGUGUGCCAAUCUGUUCCCUUCUGGCCGGGUUUAUUCUCAGGCAUUCCAUUUGGGUGGACAAGGCUUUUUUCUAUCGGCACAUUGCAACAUGGACCAACAGAGUUCUUUCCAUUGCUUUGGGCUGUUUUUGGGAAUGCAGGAAAAGGGCUCAGUAAGCUUUGCCGUUGACUAUGAAUUUGCUGCGAGGUCUAGGCCAACAGAGGAAUUUGUAAGCAAGUACAAAGGCAACUACGUUUUCACUGGGGGAAAGGCCGUUGGCUAUAGAAACUUGUUUGCGAUUCCAUGGACUUCGUUCAUGGCUGAGGAUAGUCUUUACUUCAUCAAUGGUGUCCUCCACCUUAGAGCCGAACUCACCAUCAGGCACUGACAACCCCCCGCCCAAAACUUGUAAACUUCUUAUUCCAGUUGGUAGGCCUUGACCUAUUUUUAGCCGUCGAUUUCUCGUUUUGUUAACAUUCCGUAAUAUUGUAAAAUCUUAAUAUACAGGCAUGCGUCACUGCGUGGCUAGUGUUGCAUGUGAUUGAGAAGAUAAUUAGGGCUGUGAUUUAUUAUUUAGUUUCUAUGACCCUCACCGUGAUUUGCGCAAUAUAGUUUCGGUGUUGGGUUUUUUCUUUUUUUGGUCAAGAGUGUUGGGUUAAUAUGGCUAACAUAGCAAUAGUCUUUGAAGUUAUGGGUACUGAAGGCUUUUU